AUGUUGAAUCGGGUCGCCGUCGAGCUGGUCGCCCCGGAGCUCCGCCGGGCCAUUGUCGAGACUUUCGCGUUGCAGUUCAUUAUGGGUCACGUCGGCCGGGAGGUUUUCCAUGUCGUCGUCGACGUUUUCACGCAGGUCAGGGGCGCCCGUUACGUCCUCCCCUUCCUCCUCUUUUUCCCCCUCGUGCCGAAUCCCGUCGCAGCCGAGCACGGGGUCAUCGAGGGGCUCACGCUGAAGCACUUCUUCGUCAUGCUGGCGGCCCGGCUCUUCGACCAGAUGGCCGCCGAGGCUGUCAAGGUCGCUUCCAUCAACGUCACCAGCCUCACCCGGGCCACGGCCGAGGCUAUUUUCAGGCACCCGCAGUUGGAGUCGGUCACGGUCAUGGCUUGGAGCGGGCUCCGGCUCGCCGUGCAGCGACCUCCUUGGCUCAUCAAGCUUGCGGCCCAGUUUGGCUGGGGCGUGGCGUGUUCUGACCCGCCGCCCACAGACGUACGAGGCAGCACGACCCAGGGCGGCACCGCCAUACUGUGGCGCCGUUCCGCGGGCAAGAUCACGGUAUACAGGAGCAGCAGCCUCGGCCACCGAGCCGUCGCCAUCCGCACAGCAAAUGCGGCUUACGUAUCUGGUUAUGGCCCUGCUCAAGGAGAUGCCGCCUGGCUCGUUCGAGCCAUGGGCUGGACGCAGGACCUCGCCGACACAUCAGUAUUAUUUGGCGAUCUGAAUUGGAAGCCCGGCUACUGUCGUGAGGCGUGUGCUGGUUGGCAGGCUGCUACGCCCUGCGGCCCCACCACCACGGCCGGAAGCACACCAUCGCGCCUGCUCGUCUGGGGAGGGGAUCCCGAGCAUGAACCAUCCCAUUUGUCGAACACCUUCGUGGAGGGCAUCCCGUACCAUAGCCUGUCCAUCUUCACGCUCACGGUUGAAGAACAGCAUCGGCAGCUCUACCGGCUCCACCACACAGCCGAGUAUCAAGCCCACAAGUUGUCCUUCAUCACAGACGCCGAAAUCGAGGCCAUCAUGGAGUCGUGCGACCAGGUGACUCCGAAGCCGAUGGCCACCGAGCCCUUCGUGAACCGAUGGAGGGCUUGGCACGCCCGGGCAGAGCACGCCCUCAAGGAAGCCACCACGAAAAAAUGGACGGCAUGCUCGAGGAAACCCGAGCGAGAAAAGGGCAGCAUGCCCACCUGUCGGCCCACGGCAGCCCCACCGCCGCACCGGCUGGAGGAGACGGUCGCGCUCCGGCGUGCCCGCCGCCUGCACCGCAGCUUCAAUGAGCAGAUUCGCCACCACUUCAAGGGCAACGUGCUGCUCAACGACAAGCACCUCUCCAAGUUCGCCCAAGCUUGCAUGGAUGGCGUCGUGACGGCCCCGCCCGGGGGCAUCCCUACGUACCACCGUGCGCUGGACAGCCUCUCUGCGGCCAUCACCGCCGAGCAGCAGAAGAUAUCAAACUCCAAGGUGCGAUCGUGGGCCACCGUGUUCGCCAAGUGGAGCUCCGACGUCUACAACUACGCCACGCCGCGCUUCCGGGCGCCUGCUCCCGCCGCCGGCUUCGACGCGGCGGCCAUGCGGGACGAGUGGAAGCAACACUGGGACCCUCCCAACUACGACCUUGAGCCCCUGACAGCGCGCUGGUUGGAGCGGGCGGAGGGCGCGGAGUUCCCGCAGAGCGCCUUCGAGGAGCAGUGGCUCCCGUCAGAGGAGGAGUUCAUCCACUCCCUGAAGAAAGCCAAGGGCGCCGCCGGUUUCGACGGAUGGACCUCCAAGGAGGUGAAGCUUCUGCUACAGAUCGCGCCGCCGAUCAUCACCGAGCUGUACUGCCUGUGGUGCCACACGUCCAUCUACGCCGUACAGCACGCCGGCCGCGCGCCGCGCGACCUGGCCCUGCUGGUGUUCCCAUGGCGCGUGGUCGGCAUCCCUAAGAAAGACGAACAUGAGUCGCGCCCCAUCGGCGUGGCAAGCGUGCUGCUCCGGAGCUGGCUCAGCGCCCUCGCGCUCGCCCUGCCAGAGGUGGCAGCCAACCAGUGGGCGUGCCGUCGCCGCACGUCCGUGGUCCACGCCGUCAGCCACUGGCUCUCGGAGGCCUGCACCGCGGGGCUCGAGAUGGAUCUCACUAAAGCGUACGAUAAUAUUGCACACCGCAUCGCUGAAGAGGCGUUCAGAAAAGAGGCAGUCCCCGAGACGGUCAUCAUGACGUGCCGGCUGGCUUGGGCUGGCCCUCGCGUCUGCUGCGUCUCGGACGAGCUCUCAGAGGCCAUCUGGCCUACCAAG